GUUUGUCAGUCAUCACAGAAGGCUGGAUGCCAGAAACAGAAAUAGUAAACAUGAAAGUGAGAAGUAGAGAUUAAGAUAAAAGCUGUGUAGUUAGUGUUCAACGGCCUCCACAUAUCAGAUCACUGUGUUUAUUAGUGUUUGAUGACAGAGUUUGGAUCGGAUUGGUGGGAUCCGCGAGAAGACGAUCAUGAACAACAACAAUAACGGCACACCAUCCUCCUCGUCCGAGGGUGGAGAUACUGUGAGAAGUUCGGUGUUUAACCCGGGUGCACCGCUGAGACAGCCGCGGACGUCUCCUCCGGUCGGGGAAAGCAGCACAGAAACCAGAGGAUUACCAACAACUUUCAAUUCAGGGUACAAUAACAGCAGUUCAACUGUUUUAAAAACGGCAGAUUCGCUGGUGAAAAACUCUAAACUUUCUGCAGCCGCACCUGAGUUUGUCCCGAGCUCUUUUGCAUCAUGCCAGGAUGAUGUGUAUAUUGAUGGAUCUGAAGGAUACUACAAUGAGCCCUCAUUGGCUGAUAUGGUUCAGGAUUUUGUAAGCCAUUUGACCUCGUCUCCAGGGUCCUUUGAGGUAGAAAUCGAUUACAUCACAGAUACGCUGAACGGCUAUGCUACCACAGAGGAGGCACUUCAGGAACUAGUAGAGCUCAUCUACGUACAGUCGACAUCUGUUCCUAACUUCUCCUACACGGGGGCACGGCUCUGUAACCAUCUGUCCCAACACAUCAUUCUCAGUCCAUCCAGCGGGAACUUCCGUCAGCUUCUGCUGCAGAGGUGUCGUACAGAGUAUGAGCUGAGAGAUCAAGCUGUGAAAGGAGAUGAGGGGACCCGGAAAAAGUUUCAUGCAUAUGUGUUGUUUCUAGGGGAACUUUACAUUAACCUAGAGGUCAAAAGUGGCAAAGGCAAAGUAGGACGAGCUGAGGUCUUACUGGGAGGUCUAAAGGAUCUUUUGAACGCACUGUUCUCACACCCCGACGACCCAAACCUAAUCUGUGCUGUUAAAUUACUCAAGCUGAGCGGUUCGAUUUUGGAGGACGCAUGGAAGGAGAAAGGAAAGUCAGACAUGGGAGAGAUAAUCAAGAAGAUUAAAGAUAUUUUGUCGGAUACCAAAUGCAGCCAAUAUGUCAGACAGAUGUUGUCGAAACUGGUGGAGUUACAGUCGAGUAACUGGGGGCGAGUUUACACUGCUGCUGUGUCCAGUGACGCUACUCCUGACAAUGACCCCAACUACUUCAUGAAUGAACCAACAUUCUACACAGUAGAUGGUACACCUUUCACAGCAGCAGAUCCUGAGUACUCCGAGAAAUAUCAGGAGAUUCUAGACAGAGAAGAUUAUUUCCCUGAUGUAUAUGAAGAGAAUGGAAAUGAAUCUUUUUGUGACGAGGACGACGAGAUGGAUCCAGAGAUCGAGGAAGCGUUUGAGAAGUUUUGUUUGGAAGCAGAGUUGAGCAGGAAGUAAUAAGUGCUGUGGACUGUCAACACCACACCAGACUGCUGGAAUGUUUCAAAGUGGGCGGAGCCAAAUAUUUUGCUUGAUUUUUGUUUCAUUUCUCAAAACGCACUUCCUGGCUAGUGUCACUGGAUUGUACGGAUGGGAUUUCUGUUUAUUUGUAACGCAUGACGAUUGGCGAGUCCGUCAGUCGACAGUAGCCAUGGGUUGGACAUUUGGGUUGUGAGAUUCAUCAUUUUAUGUGUGUUCUGAUUUGUCAAAUAUCCAGAAAAAAAAGAAAAGGUUUGCAGUGAGAUUUUAAGAUGAGCCGAAGAGGAGCUUUAUUAAGUGUAUGUGUGUGAUUUGUUUGCAAACUAACCGCUCAAUAUCAAAGUAACUGUUGGAGAAACACAAUAUCAGGUGGCAUUCUCACUUCUCAAGGCUUUGCCGUUUCUUGAGAAAGACAAUAAAGUUUAGAAAUGUGUUGUUUUAAGUGUUCUUCCUUUCUUAGAUUCUUCUGAAACCAUUUUAGAGUGUUCUUUUCUUUUUAUGCACAUGGUAGAGGAAAAGAGGAUCUGCCACUUUUUAGUUGGUUUGUUGUUUGGGGGGUUUCCAGAUAUGAGAAGUGUGUGGAAAAAGGUGAAGAUAAUCUCUGCACUGUUUUGGGAGUUCACAGAUUCAUUUCCACUGCGAUUUUCAGAAAAGAUCUGAUGACCGACAUCUCACGGAUCCCAUAGAAACGAAUGUGUAUAUCAAUAUAGUUGUAAAUAUUAUUAACUGCAUUGUUUGCUUGCAAUAAAUCUUUAUAAAAACA